CGCCACAAUGUCGCUUUCAAGCUAUGGCGUCGACGACGCUAAGCUACCACAACAACCUUUCCUUGCUGGUGCCAGGCCCGAUACACCAAGCUUCCUCGACACGACUGCAUGUCUUUGCGCUCUUCGUGCGUUACCUGGACUCGAUAAGCUCGCCGAAGCCGGAGCAGAUUUCGAUAAUGGCCAGGCGGCAUGGCAAUGCAUUGGAAACCAAACACAAGGUGUAUAUAACAUCACAAGCGGAAAAUGGUACAAGGCCAAGAAUCCCAAGGGCUCGCUCGAUCUGCCCAUGGAAGACAAUUCCAACCCUCCUGUCGGGGGUGAUCUCGUAUGGGACUCCAAGGGCCGUUCUCUGAAGCCAUUGAAGGACAAAAACACGCUCACUGUUUACGACCGAGACUGUACUGGCACCAACAGAUCGAGCUUCUCGACCAGUUUCUACAGAACCACAUAUCAGCUUCUUAACGAUAAGCUUCCCAUUGAUGCUGCACCCUGCUGGAGGCCAGGUGCCCUUCCCCUGCAGCUGCAAAACGUGUCUUCCUGGCAGGAGUAUGGCUGUAAAGAAGGGUUUCUUUGCCAGAACAACACCAUCAACUCACUGCCUCAAUCAUGUCCUCCUCUCGAGAAGUGCACAGUUGCACGUCUCUCAGGUAUGACUUGCUCAUUCAACGGCACAAACGUGGGCAUGGGAGUUUUCGAGCCCAUCAUCUGCCAGGCAGGCCACUAUUGUCCCUUGGAGGAAAAGGGCAUGAAGAAGAUUAGAUGUCCUGCCGGCUCAUAUUGCCAGCCUGGUGCUUCAACUCCAACACCAUGCCUAUCUGGCAGCAGGUGUCCGGAAGGCGCGUCCUUUGAGAGGUAUCUGAUUCCCGUGAGCGUUCUAGUCAUCAUCGAUUUCCUCCUCCUUGUGGGCAUGUUCGUCUUGAUGUUCCGUUCACGAUGGCAAAGAACAUCCAAAGCCCAUGCUGGUGCUCUGAAGAGGCACAAGACCAUGAGGGUCGUCAAAGCGACAAUCACUGGACGGGGAUACAAGGAGUUGCCCGAAGACCAAGACAAUGAGAUGGCCCCAAUGCAACCUGGCUACAGUCCUUAUUCACCAUACGGACAAAACUUCCGAGAAGGACGGGCCCGAACUGGUUUUGAGGCUACUCUCUCGCGGAACAGCAUCUACAGCUCGGAACAAGAGCAGAAAGAACUGGAGGCCAACCCACAGCUUAAAGCUUUUGUUGAAUCCAUGCGACGAGCAGCUGAGGCAACCAACUUCGGCCUCUCCUUCAGAUACUCUGAUCUUGUCUUCCAUCCCAAAAAGAGCCCAAGGCCCAUUCUUCAGAACGUCACAGGCUCUAUUGAGCAGGGACAGCUGGUUGCUGUUAUGGGUGGCUCAGGAGCUGGUAAAUCGACCUUUGUCAAUGUUUUGAUGGGUAAAACAAGCAAUACUGGCGGUAUUGUUGCGGUCAACAAUACUCCAGGCAAGAUGAAGCAGUACAAGAAGUUGACAGGCUACGUGCCUCAGGAUGAUAUCGUGUUACCUGAGCUGACGGUCUACGAGAACAUUGUGCACUCGGCACGUAUCCGACUUCCUCGUAACUGGAGCAAGAAAGAUGUUGAAGCUCAUGUUGAGUCUGUGAUUGACUGUCUAGAGCUUUCGCACGUGCGAGAUUCUCGGGUCGGCAGCGUAGGCAAGCCUGUCAUCAGUGGUGGUCAGAGAAAGCGAGUGAGUAUUGGCAUGGAAUUAGCAGCUGCGCCAAUGGCUAUCUUCCUUGAUGAGCCAACCAGUGGUUUGGAUGCUACCGCAGCAUCAUCCAUCAUGCGCACGCUCAAGGCCAUUGCAAGACUCGGCAUCUCCAUCAUUGUCAUCAUUCACCAGCCGCGAACUGAAAUUUUCGACCUGUUUGAUAAUCUCAUCCUGCUCGGUAACGGACAGACCAUUUAUGAAGGCCCUCAAAUGGAGUCACAGACAUAUUUCGAGAGCAUGGGCUUCCAGUUCCCGGAGCACAGCAACCAUGCUGAUGUAAUUACCGACAUCAUCACUGGUAACGGUAGGGAAUACAACAGUGCUGGUGAUGUUUCCAAGGAAGCAUUGAUCUCGCACUGGGCUAAGAUGCGGCAGAACAAAUCGGAAGAAGCUUACGACCGCAGAAGUGUCAGGUCCACGAUGCUGGGUGAUACAGGAAUGCGUCAGGCCCUCAAGAAACGUGGUGCCCCCUAUAUCAAACAAGGAUGGCUCUGCCUCUGCCGUGCAAUGCUUCAGCAAUACCGCGCCAGGGCUGCUCUGUUUGCCGAGAUGGGUCUUGCUGUUCUCGCAGGUGCUCUGCUCGGUCUCGCCAACAACCCUAAAAACGGUAUUAUGUUUGUCGGUCUAUUCCACGAGCCCUAUGAGGUCUUGUCGACAGCUAUCGACUUCUUCUCUGCACCUCAGUUCGCACUUCUGAUUGCUAUUGCUAUUGGUCUUGUUGCAGGUGCUCCUGGAGUCAAGCUCUUCUCCGAAGAGACACUCUUGUACAGGCGAGAGGCCGAAGCAGGCCAUUCCCGACUGUCUUACUUUCUUGCCAAGGUUAUUUCUGUAUUUCCUCGUAUGGCGCUUGGUUGCAUGCACUUUACCGUGCCCUUAUUCUUGUUGUCUGUACCCAUCAUUGACUGGGGUCUGGCAUUCCUCAUAAAUUUGCUGUACUUCUACUGCAUUUAUGGCCUUGCAAGUAUCGUAAGCAUGGUCGUUCGACGUGAAGAUGCACCACUAUUUGCUACCAUGAUUGCCCUCAUCACUGGUAUUCUCUCUGGUUCCGCGCCUCCACUGGCAUCUGUUAAGGAUUGGCAUAUGGAGUGGCUUUGGCGAGCAUCUCCUGCUACAUGGUUGGCGGAGCUGUACUUUGGGCAGCUUGUGGCACCUUUUGCAUACCUCUUUCAGGUCGAUAUUGCGGCUGAGGCGACUGGAUAUCAUCUUGACCGCAAGUGGCUCAACAUUGGUGUUUUGGUAGCAAUCGGAACUGCUUAUCGACUGAUUGCCUUUGCCGGGAUGGUGUUGGGGCAUCGAUUGAGAAGAUGAUAGGGUGGAGUAUCUUCCUGUAUGCGUGUUCACACGAAGAAGGAUUUAUGUUUGGUAGAAAGUAGAUGAUGA